UAUUUAAUCGUUCCUCGACAACGUAGAUGCAAUGAAAAAUAUUCAAUGAAAAAAAAUUUUAAGAAACAGCAAAGUUGUAACGCUGAUUCGUAAAACACGUGCGAAGCAUCUGUGCCGAACGUAAACUUAAAAUGGAAGUGGCCUCGAAAUGGUUUAGAAUGUCGAACGGCUUUCGUUUCUUUUUCUUUUGUGUUAGGUAGAUAUCUGAAUAUUUGUACAGUCUUGGUAUAUUAUUUUUUUUUUUUCCUUCUUUCCCUUUUCGAACGAAUUUGAACGAAACUCCAUGUUAAAAGUUCGCAAGCUCUACGUGUCGCAUUUAUCGAUUAUUUAUCUUUCAUCUUGGAAGACAAACACUGGUUCGAGUACAAAUUGCUCGAUGUAUCUACAAAUCGAUUACGACAUUAUUUUAUUUUACGAUUUAUUAUUUAUUUUACGAUUUCGACAACUUUUUCUUUCUUUUCUUUCUUUUUUUCUUUUGCUUUUCUUCUUCUUCUUCUUCUGCUUCUUCUCCUUUUUUUGUUUUCUUUUUUUGUUUUUUUGUUUUGUUUUUAAUUCUCUCCAGAAAUAAAACCCAACCGUUCUAUCUUUUUCCUUCAAAUCAAUUUUAUUACAAAUAGAUCGAGGAAAAUGAUGCAAUCGGAGUUAUGAACCAUGACACCAAAGCAACGGUUCAUACGGUUCGUUCGCUUUUAAAGAGAUUUAUGAGUUGACGAACGGAACCAUUGGUUCGUAUUAGUCAACUCAAGAGUAUACGACGAUCAUGAUUUUUAUUUUUUUUCAACUUUCUUAUUUUGUAUUUCGAGUUAGGCUCGUCGUCGUUCCCAAUAAGCUAUCAUAAUACGAUACUCGAAUGUCACGUCGAAUCGAAUUCUCUCUAUAUCGAUUAGAUCAUUUUCUUUUUUGUUAUAUGUCAUUAUUUAUCCGACAAUCUUUCAUUUCCUUUUUCCAUUGACACAAAAUACGAAGAUACCAACUGGCAAACAUGUUCUUUUUCUCCCACGUGACUUGCAUGCUUCGCGCGUAAACGAGAUCGAGAUUACGUUCUACUUCUAUAAACUGGAUUCCGUUAAGCCGAUCCGUUGUUUAAUCCGUUACUUUUGCAUAAACGUUCAGACGAUCAUCUCUGUAAGACGGAUACGCGUGAUAUCGACUAAUUAUAUAAUUAUUUAAUUAUCGUAAUGAUUGACGACGUGUGAUGAUCGGUUUUUAAAAGAAUCGAAAGAGAGUAAAAGAAACAAAAAAAAAGGAAAAAGAAAAGAAGAAAAGAAGAAGAUAAUAGUAAAAAGGAAAAGAAUGAAAGAAAAAAGAGAAAAAGAAAAAAAGAAGAAAAACAACAAAAAAAAAAGAAUGAGUGAUCACUUUUCAAAUAAAUCUAUAAUUCAAUGUUUCUCUUAUGCGUGAAAAAUUAUUUCACACACGUUUAAUACGGUUUCACAUUCGAUCGAUGUCAUGGGUAAAGUUCAAGAACAGGUUUUGCAAAGCGAAAGGAUUGCGCAAGCGAGACGACAAUCUCACGAGAAGAUAACUCAAUGUACCGGAUGAUCACGAGAGGACGAUGAUAGGAUGUCGUGUCUUCAGGGCAAUAAUAUUUAUUCUCGUUAUUUGGAAUUCGAUCCUAAAUGCAGAGAAAACCAACGAAGAAGUUUCGUUAGAAUAUGGCAACUCGAAGUAUCUUCAAUCACAGAAGUAUAUGUACUCUUGGACAGGACCUAAUGCAUUAGCGAGAUCCGCUUUGUUAGAGCGUCAAGAAAGAUUACAGUAUAAUUGCGAGGAGAUUUUUAGACAUAAUAAUGCUGAAAACGGAACGUUAAGUCCUGAAUCCUUUAGAAACAUCCUCGUGGACGAACAACACGAGUUACUUUAUUGUUAUGUACCAAAGGUUGCCUGUACAAACUGGAAACGUGUUUUAAUGAUCGCCACAGGAAAGUGGUCUGGAAAUGAUCCUUUAGAAAUACCGGCUGAUCAGGCUCACUCGCCAGGAAUUUUUUUAAGAUUAAGUAAUUACACUGCUUCGGAAAUUGAGAAAAAAUUAACAUCCUACGACAAACUUAUAGUCGUUCGACAUCCAUUCGAAAGGCUACUAUCAGCUUAUAGGAAUAAACUGGAAGCGAAGCAUGAAAGGAGCUCGAGAUAUUUUCAAACUCGUUUUGGAAAGAAAAUUAUAAAGAAGUACAGAGUGAAUGCUACGCAAGAAUCAUUGAAAAAUGGUGACGAUGUUACGUUCAGAGAGUUUGUAGAAUUCAUUACCAAUGAUACUGAAAAUGGUACGAGGAACGAACAUUGGAGACCUAUAUAUGAAUUAUGUCAGCCGUGCGUAGUUAAUUACAAUCUUGUUAGUAAGUAUGAAACCUUGGUGGAAGACGCUACAGAAGUGUUGGAAAGAAUGAAUGUCGUCACCGUCAAUUUCCCAUCGAAACCACAGAGUACCGAGCCAACGUCCAAGAAAUUGGAUAGAUAUUAUUCAACUUUAAGUUAUAAACAAUUGAGAAAGUUGGAGGAUUUGUACAAAUUAGAUAUGAAAUUGUUCGAUUAUUCGCUGGAGGACGUUUUAGGAUUUUCUUUAGCUUAAAUUUAUAGUGAGAGAAUUAACGUGUACAGAAAACUGAGAUUCGAUGAAUUAAAAGAGAUUCAGAUUCUGUAUCUUUUUUUUUUUUUUAUUUUUAUUUAUUUAUAUUAGAACGAUAUAAAAUAAUAGACUAGUUUAUCUAUUAAGAAUUUCUGUCAAGUCACUACGUUAUAACAAUUUUAAUUCUACGCUGAUCAUUGUCAACAAUUUUAUAAUUUGAAAUGAGAUAUAUCCGUCGAUAUUUUUUUGUUCGAUGAUAGAACGAAGAAAUUCGAUUGAAUUGACUUUGCAUUUCUUAUAUUCAAUUUUUCACGAUUUUUAUGUAACGAAUUGUAAGCAUAAACUCAAUUAGAAUUGAAUUUUAGAAUUAGAAUUGAAACGUAUUCGAAUGUCAAAUUGAUAUAUUUCAUUUGUAUGUGAUUGUUUUUCUUAUUUUUUUUUUUUUUUUUUUUUUUUUUUUUAUAAUAUUUAAUACAAAUAAUUAUAUUGAUUUGGAUAAAUUAUAAUUUUCAAGAAUGUCAACGUUCAUAUUAUAUUUUUUAGAUAUUUUAUAUAAUAACAUAUUAAUAAGAAUUAUGCAUUAGGUAUUUGUUGAGAUUGAAAGGAAACAAACGAUGCAAAAAAGAAAAAUAAUGAUUUUUUUUUAAUAUGAAACUAAUAAGUUAUCGAAUAAGGUGGUUUUACGAAAGUCACGAAAAAAAUUAAACAACAAAAAAGAAAAGAACAAAAUAAUAACGUAUUUACGUAACAUUUUGAUAGAGUUUUGAAACGUAUCUGUCGAAAACAUUGUUCAUCGAAGUCGAUGUUUGGUUAGCGUGCUAAAUUUAAAUUAGGAUUCGAAGAUGACGAACGAGAUGGGAUUUUAUACAGACUAACUUUGGAUAAAGAGUCGAAGAACCUUAGUCUAAUCAUAAAGGAAAACUUACAAGUACGUGCGAGAACGAAAAUAACUUUCCAUCCGUCAAUCAAUUUGAAGGACUUUCGAAGAACGAGAGUUUAUUGCUACGUCAAUGAUAACGAAUGCAUAAAAAAGCAAUUGGGAUGAAUUUAUGAGCAAUGAAAACAGCAACAAAUAGAUUUAAAAGUAUUUAGAUUAUUUCUCACGUGAUAACAACAGCCUUAUACGCGCUGUUACAUUUAAGUGCAAAUUAAUGUUUUAUAUGAAAGGUAAUGCAUUUGUUAAUGAUGCAUUAAUUAAAUCAUGUAUUUUCAUAUGAAUUAUUAACAAAAAGAUUAGUAAAACCUUCGUAAACGAGUAAGGAGAUCGUACGAUGAAACUUUUUGAUAAAUCGAUCGAAGAAAAAAAAAAAUCUUUCAACGAGUAAGGAUCGAUUUAUUGAUUUAUUUAUUUGUUAUAAGGUCAGUAGAAAUUGUUAAGACGUAGAACUGUGCUCUAUGUGCCACACCUUCGCGAUUAUGCGAACUUCCUACUUAUAUACGAUAUAAAAAGCUCAGUAUCAAAAAAAAAAAAAAAAAAAAAAAAAAAAGAAAAAAAGAAAAAAAGAAAUAAUAAUGAUAAUAAAAUAUUCCGUUCUUUGAAA